GUCACCUGUCUGUCACCUGUCUGUCAGGAUGUUCAUGCAUUGGGAGGUUGGCUUCUAUAUCUUCAUCCUCCUGGCGCACAUGAGGUCCUACUGCUGCUGGUCAGUGAAUAAUUUCUUGAUGACCGGACCCAAGGCGUACCUGAUCUACUCCAGCAGCGUGGCAGCGGGGGCCCAGAGUGGCAUCGAGGAGUGCAAGUACCAGUUUACGUGGGACCGCUGGAACUGCCCCGAGAGAGCCCUGCAGCUGUCCACACACAGCAGCCUGCGCAGCGCCAAUCGGGAGACGGCGUUUGUGCACGCCAUCAGCUCCGCCGGGGUCAUGUACACGCUGACCAGGAACUGCAGCCUGGGAGAUUUCGACAACUGCGGCUGUGACGACAGCAGAAACGGACAACGAGGCGGUCACGGGUGGCUGUGGGGCGGCUGCAGCGACAACGUCGGCUUCGGCGAGGCCAUCGCCAAGCAGUUCGUGGACGCCUUGGAGACCGGGCAGGAUGCUCGGGCGGCCAUGAACCUCCACAAUAACGAAGCCGGCCGAAAGGCGGUGAAGGGGACCAUGCAGAAGACCUGCAAGUGUCACGGGGUCUCAGGAAGCUGCACCACGCAAACCUGCUGGCUGCAGCUGCCCGAGUUCCGGGAAGUGGGCAACUACCUGAAGGAGAAGUACCACCGAGCCCUGAAGGUGGAUCUCCUCCGCGGGGCCGGGAACAGCGCGGCCGGCCGGGGGGCCGUCGCCGAGACCUUCAGCUCUAUCUCCCGCAAGGAGCUGGUCCACCUGGAGGACUCCCCCGACUACUGCUUGGAGAACCGCACCCUGGGCCUGCCGGGCACGGAGGGCCGCGAGUGCGUGAAGAAGGGCAAGACCUUCAGCAAGUGGGAGAAGCGCAGCUGCAAGAGGCUGUGCGGCGAGUGCGGCCUGGCCGUGGAGGAGCGCAAGGCGGAGACGGUGUCCAGCUGCAACUGUAAGUUCCACUGGUGCUGCGCCGUCAAGUGCGAACAGUGCAGGAAGACCGUGACCAAGUUCUACUGCGUGAAGAAAGGAGGGGCCCGGGCGAGGAACGAGAGCGCGGGCAGCCGCCGGAAGAACCUUAAACUGAGGAAGAAGCACUGAGCGUCACACUUGGAGGGUGUAAAUGUAUUUAAGAUUUAUUUUUCUACAUUUUUUUUUUAUACACACAUUGUUGGGGGAUUUGUCGCUGAUUCGGUUCUUUUUCCACCGCUCUAUGUAUUUAUUUUUUAAAACAAU